AUGCCUCCUCCAUUUGAUAUGAUUUCUAAGAUGCAUCCUCCUAGAGAGGCUUGGAGGUUGAAAGUUAGGAUUCUAAGGCUUUGGGUUGUACCUUCUUUUGGUAACAAUGAGGUUCCUAACUCAAUGGAGAUGAUUCUCCUUGAUGAGCAUUGUGGAAAAAUACAAGCUACAGUUAAGAAACCACUCCUUAAUAGGUUUAGGGAUCUUAUAGUUGAGGGUCAGGUUUAUAGAAUGGCAUACUUUACUGUUGUUUCAAAUCAUGGUAGUUAUAGAGCAACUUCUCAUGAAUUCAAAUUGGUUUUCCUUCACCGAACCACUGUUGUAGCUGUUGAUGAAGACGUUAUCCCUAAGACUUGUUUCAACAUGUUUCCUUUUUCUGAUUUGCUGAAUAUGACUGAAGAUUAUGAUUUUUUAGUUGAUGUUAUUGGUCUUUUAACUUCAGUGGGAGAAGAGAAAGAAUAUGCAAAAGAGGGCAAAAUUGUGAAAAUGAUUGUGCUGGAAUUAACUUCCAAAGAUCUUACCUUGCGAUAUGCAUUGUUUGGGGACUAUGUUAAUCAAGUAAAUCAUUUCCUUGCGUCUGGCUAUGUGGAGCAGCCUGUUGUAGUCAUUCAACUUGCAAAAGUCAAGUUCUUUAGGGGUCAAGUAGGCCUUCAAAAUGUGAUGUAUGCCACUCAAAUGUUAUUUAAUCCUGAUCUUCCUGAGGUUGUUGAGUUCAGGCAGAGUAUGAUUGAGCAAGGGGUGAAUGGUACUCAGCCACUGUUUAUUGCAAAUGAGGGUACAGUUGUGUCCUUGGAAGAUGAUUUCAUGCGUUUAACUAGAAAAUGCACCAUUGAAGAACUUCAAGAUAAGAAUCAGGAGGGUUCUUUUAUCAUUUUUGGUACAAUCCAAGGUAUUGUUGAGGAUGAAGGUUGGUGGUAUUCUGCUUGUGUGUGUGGAAAGGGUAUCUAUCCUCAAAAUGGUGUAUAUUACUGUGAUUUCUGUUUGAAGCACAUAACCAAUGUCACUCCAAGAUUUAAAGUUAAAAUAACAGUUGAGGAUCAUAGUGGGGAGGGUAUUUUCCUUCUCUUUGAUCGUGAGGCAUCAUAUUUGCUUAAGAAAUCAUGUGCUGACUUGUUUAGUGAGGUUCAAAGAGAUGCAAGUCUUGUAUGUGGGGAUACUUAUCCUCCCAUUUUCCAAGGGCUCAUUGGAAAGAAGUUACUGCUUAAGGUUGAUACCAAAGGUGUCCCACAUGAUACCUUUUAUGGCACUUUCCGAGUUAGGAGAAUAUGUGAUGAUCCUACGAUUAUUACCAUGUUUGAACUUCCCAAUUAUGAUGCUGAUGAUGAGUCUACUCCAAAAAAGGAGCCUGAUUUACACAAAUCUGUCCUGUUUGGAAAAGGGGAUAUUGGUGUUAAGGAGGAGUCUUCAAAGAGUUGUAUCAAAAGUGAAAAAGUUGAUGGUGAGUGUUGUGGGAUUUUAUGUAAGUCUCCAGUUCUUAUAGAUUUUCUUGCUGAAAAACAGUCUGCUGUUUCUAGAGGGUCUGAGUUUUCUGCGUUAGUUACUGGUGAAGAUGGGAAAGAUGAGAAAACACCCACCAAUGAUACUGUUAGUGAUGAUCUUUCUUCUGAACUGGAUAUAUUGCUUAGCUCACCAGAAAAGGAAACUCAGGAUGCGCUGUCCCAUGUUCUCCAUGCACGUUGCCAAUAUGGAGGAAAGGUUACUCAUGACAAUGAUGUUGUCAUCUCCAAGGGCAAGAGGAAUUUGAAUCCCCAAUUUGAAGAAGUGGCUACUGUUGCAGAUGAGCGUGGGUCCAAGGUUGCCAAGGUUAAUGGGGUGUGA